AUGCUUGUUGGUAUAAGCAAAGGAUUAAAACAUAUGCCGGUUACCAAGCUGUUUCUAAUUAUGAAUAUGCUUAUUCCGGUAAUAGCGUCACUACUAGACAUAAAGUAUGCAUUCUAUCUCAAAUUCGACCCAUUCAUCUACCAGUGGCAUCAAUAUUGGAGACUCUUGACCAACCAAAUAAGCUUCUCAAGUGAAUCACAAGUGUUUUUUAGUACAAUCAUCCUAUUCAACCUUCGAACUAUUGAGAGAUUGCAAUCACCAAAUAAGUUUGCGUCGUUUUUGAUAUCCAUAUUUCUCUAUAAUAUUGUACUUCAGCUAAUAACGAACACGUUUCUCAAAGUACUCCUUCCAGAUAAUUGGAAUUUCCUACAGAGCUUGAACUAUGCUUCUGGUCCUUUGCCAGUUAUCGGGGCAUUACUAUAUGAAUACAGCGCCUUCAUUCCAGUAGUCUAUAAAUUUGAGUUGACCGAUAUAAUACCCGGAGGAGGUAAUGGUGAAGAUAAUGAAGUGCCCCAAAAGACCAUUUUCAGCGAUAAGAUCUUCACUUAUAUUUUGUGUUUGCAAUUAUCAUUGAGUGAGGGUAUGGAUUCAUUUGUACCAAUGUUUAAUGGCUGGGUACUAGGAUUUCUUGUCAGUGGCCAAAUAAUUCCAGGGAAAAACUGGAGAUUACCGUAUUUCACCCAGGUCCGGAAGUAUUUGUACAAAAAUACUAGAAUAGUAAGACCUAACCUUGCUCCAACGAAUAAUUCACAAAAUGCAACUGGUCAACCUGAGAAUUCUAGACAAGCAACUCCAGAAAGUGAUACUGAACCAGUCAGACCUUUGGCUACUCAGUUCUUAGACUCUUUCAGAAGAUGA